AUGACAUACAUUAACAUUACUAGUGUGAAACUAUUUGUGAAGGUACAAAAUGUAUUUGGAGUGUGUAAAGUUCUUACUUGCCUCAUCGUUAUUGGUGGUGGCAUAUAUGAACUAGCUAGAGGCAACACUGAAAAUUUGAGUAAAGGUUUUGAGGGCAGUGCGACGACCGCUGGGAGUGUUGCCCUCGCAUUAUACUCUGGAUUGUGGGCUUACGAUGGCUGGAAUAGUGUAACUGUUGUUACGGAAGAAAUUAUUAAUCCAAGCAUCAAUGUUCCACUCAGUAUUUCAAUAGCAGUACCCCUCAUAACUGGACUAUACGUGUUCAUGAAUGUAGCGUACAUGUCGGUACUGACGUAUACAGAAAUGGUGUCGGUACCAGCGGUGGCUGUUACAUUCGGUGCACGAGUACUGGGACCCGCCAGCUUUAUUAUACCGCUUGGUGUUGCCAUAGCAACGUUCGGGUGUGCUAUGAGCGUGCAAUUUGGUAUUACCAGGGUAUGUUACACGGCGGCGCGCGGUGGUCACAUGCUUGAACUUUUUUCAUACGUUAAUAUGAAGAGAUUGACCCCAGCUCCUGCUGUAGCUUUCCAGGCAAUGUUAACUGCAAUAUUCAUAAUAGUUGGCAACAUUAAAACGCUAAUAGAUUUUGCCAGUUGGUUCCUAUGGUUUUUCUACGGGUUAGCCAUGGUUGCCUUAUUAGUGCUACGAAAAACUCGUGCUAAUUUACUAAGGCCGUAUAGAGUACCAACAGUUGUGCCUUGCUUUGUGUUGCUAGUGGCGAUAUUCCUCUCAAUAUUGCCAAUAGUGCAUGAUCCAUCUGUAAAAUACCUAAUGGCCAUAGGGUUCAUUUGUCUUGGCGUAUGUGUAUAUACUGUAUUUGUAUAUUACAAGAAAACGCCUACUAUUUUGUUAAAUAAACUUACAUUCCUAACUCAAGUGCUUUUCGAAAGUGUACCGCCUAGCAACCGUGAAGAC